AUGUUGAUUUUGGUUUUGUCGCAGUUGAUCGGCCUCGUUACCGCACUGCAGCCUCUUCCGCCUGUUUCUCCACGCUACAGCAACAGCGACGACCUCGGCUUUUCUAUCGGCACAGAUGCAAGAAAGAUAUAUAUCGACAGAAGUUUCGCCACAAAGAGAGAUUCCGAAGGUUUAACGCUCAUACCGCCAACCGCGUAUGAGUUCGCUGAAACAUUCCGCACCGACAUCUCAUCAUUAUUUGGUGGUUCCUGGACUCUGGAGCAAGUAGACGACUUCCCACUCACUGGCAUCCACAUCGGCCCGAUUCGAGACAGCAAUCUCUCAUUGACAUACGAGAAUGGUCAGCCUACAGAAGAAGGAUACGAGCUUGAGGUUACCAAUGGCACUGUAUACAUAGGCGGAGCAGGUGCGAGAGGCAUGUUCUGGGGAACGCGCACCCUACUGCAGAAGCUCUUGAUUGACAAUGGCUCUCCUAUGGCAGUUCGAAUAGUUGAUGCGCCUGCAUACAGCACACGAGGGUUCAUGCUUGACGCAGGCCGGAAGUGGUACGAUAAGGACUUUCUCAAAGAGCUUUGCACAUAUGCCUCUUUCUUCAAGAUGUCAGAGUUCCAUUAUCACUCUAGCGACAACUAUCCCUUGAACCGAGGUCGCAAUGAGACCUGGCAAGACGUAUUCUCGCACUUUUCGCUGUAUCCGGAAGAAAAUGUAGAGCUGCAGGCUAUCAUUCAGCGUCCAAACGAGACACUUUCACGCGCCGAUUUCGAAGACUUCCAACAGCACUGCGCACAACGUGCCGUCACCGUCAUUCCGGAGAUCGAAGCCCCAGGCCAUGCUCUAGCGAUUACGAAAUGGAAGCCUGAGUUAGCGCUGGCAAAGAAGGACCUGCUCAACCUGAGCCAUCCGGACGCAAUCCCGACAGUCAAAGCAAUCUGGUCCGAGUUUCUGCCAUGGUUUCAAACGAAGGAGGUACAUAUCGGCGCUGAUGAGUACGAUUCCGAGCUCGCGGACGACUACAUCAACUUCGUCAACGAGAUGGCCGACUUCAUCAACAGUACUUCUGGGAAGCGCGUACGUAUCUGGGGCACUUACGAGCCAUCCGAGAACCUCACCAUCUCGAGAGACAUCAUAGUACAGCACUGGCAAUACGGUCAAUCAGACCCACUCGAGCUCCAGAACGAUGAAUACGAUAUGAUCAACUCGGAGGAUUGGUGGGCAUACAUGAGUCUCAAGAACGACCACAUGCCCAUUCUCCCGGCACCAUACCCACAGUUCUACAACAAUACACGCACCAUGAACUUUGCCAACGUUCCAGGAUGGCAGUGGGAACCAUCUCUCUACAAUCCAGUCAACACCACAGAUCAGUUAGAGCCUGGUGCUAGCGGCAACAAAGGCGCUAUUCUUGCAGCUUGGAACGACAAUGGUCCGGAUGCGACUACGCAGUUGGAAGCUUACUAUGCGAUGCGAGAGGGUAUACCUGUCGUGGCGGCUCGUGCAUGGGCUGGUGCGCGAGGUGCAAAGAUCGACCCGAACGAGUUGGCGGACAGCAUUGCGCUUCUGGCAACUAAAGCUCCUGGACAGAACCUAGAUCGACGUUUUGCGAGCACGAACGUAGCUUCGCCAAGCUCAGCGCUGGUAUCAUGGACGCGCAACUCUUCCAUUGACAGUAACGCGACAUUAGGAGUGGGCUCGUACGGACCACCUUACACCCUGACCCUGAACGCAUCCUCAUCCUUCACCUUGACCGGCCCUGAUACCUCGCUAUCUCUCGUUGAUCUUCCAACCAACUCCAAUGGCAGCACUACCACGUUCACCACAUCCGACGGCUUCGAGUAUCCUCUACGUUCCGUAUCUCCUAGUGAUGGCCACGACCCUGGACAUCCGGGUCGCAUAUGGACCAACCAGACGACAUCCUCCCAUGAGCCUGCGCCGAUUACACUGCCCGCAAAUCUGCGCAUUGAGACCGACGUAUUGAGCGGUAGUCGCGUCUGGGUGAAUGGUACAUUCGCGGGGCGGUUUGAGGUCUUCGUGUACGGAGGGCGCAAUACGCUGUUCAGCUGGAGUCAGAUGGCUCUUGUUGCGCCGCUGGACUUGGUAGAGGGUGGUGUUCAUAGUCUGAUGCUUCAGACUGGCGUUGUGCUGGGUUAA